UUUUUGGCGGGACUAGAAAUAUGUUUAUAUUUAUUAAUCAUAUUGUGGUAAGAAAAUGUCGAGAUAAUAAAAGUAUUAGGCUGGGUUCACAAUUAAAAAAAUUAAGCGAGUGCAUAGCAAGCCAUGCACACGACCUGUGCACAUGACCUGUGCGAACUGCGAAAUCGGUUCACAAUUGAAUUCUUACUGUUAAUUUCAGCCAAUGAAAUUUCGCGAACUAUGCGACAUCUGUUAGCAGUGUUAGUAAAUAAACAUAUUAACUUUCAAAAUAACGACAAUACUAUUAUAAUCUCGACAUUUUCUUACCACAAUAUGGUUAAUAAAUAUAAACAUAUUUCUAGUCCCGCCAAAAAAGCACCCUGCUCUUCUCCCAUUGGCUGUUGUGCCAUGCGUACGCGACCGAAAUAAAAUAUAUUCAUUUAACUCCUAUGCGCACGACCUCGCUCCCAUGCACACGACCAACUUUCUGCUAUUGUGAAUCGUUAGGUUAGGAAACAUGGCGUUCAUAUCCUAUGCACACGACCUACUGUUACUGUUACUGUUAUUUUUUCAAUUGUGAACCCAGCCUUAUCGUUAUUUUGAAAGUUAAUAUGUUUAUUUACUAACACUGGUAACAGAUGUCGCAUAGUUCGCGAAAUUUCAUUGGCUGAAAUUAACAGUAAGAAUUCAAUUGUGAACCGAUUUCGCAUUUCGCACAGGUCAUGUGCAUGGCUUGCUAUGCACUCGCUUAAUUUUUUUAAAAGUACAAGGAUUAGAACCAGGGCCGGAACUAGGAGAUUCGUUAGGGGGGGCAAAGCUUAAUUUGCCGCCCCCUCCUUACCAACAUUAUAAAAUACCCUUUUUCGUUAGAAGCGGUGGUUGAAAUGAUACCAUUCACUUAUCCUACAUAAUUGAGAACUUUUAUUUAUCAAGUACACUAAUUGGAAAACUAAUACAAUUACAUUUUUUAUUAUAAUGAAAUAGACUGUUAUCAAACUAUAGUUUAUUAUUUGCACAACAGUGAAAAUUAAUGUCUUACCAAUAAGUUUAUUAAGUACUAAAAUUACAUAAGGAACAUGUGAUUCUGAAUUAAGUAUAAUAUUGUAUUGAUAACCAUACAAAUAAAUUCAAUUCAAAUUUUAAUUUUUCGAGCAUGAUUAGCUGCUAAAGUAUUAAUAAUAUCAUCAAAAUUGAUCAAAGCAGCUCGUUUGUGUUCAAUAGAUAUAAUACUUAGAUUUGUUAAUCUCUCCUGGCCCAUCGUGCUUCUCAAAUAGCUUUUAAUAAGUUUAAGUUUACUAAAACUUCUUUCACCUGACGCAAUUGUAACUGGAAGGUUGAGAAACAUUCUCAGAGCAGUAGUAAUGUUAGGAUGUGCCUCCUCCAGUUUAUUUUUGUAUAUAAGGCUCAACAUUGUUGAUGCUGUAGCAUCUUUUAAUUCAUAGUCUACUGUUAAUGCAUGGUGCUUAAAACUUUCAAUUUCAAAUACGAAUUCUUAUUUGUUAAGAUCGGCACUGUGUUUCCUAAUUCUGCUGCUUUGACUUUUAAAUCUUCUACUUCCAUUUUAUGAAUUUGAACACCAUUUAAAAAUCCAAACUUAUUGUUAAUGUUCUCCAAAGCCUUAAACCUGUUACUCAGUUCCAUAAUUAAUCUGUCAAUGACUUCCAACAUUACUUGAUGUAAGUUUUUUGGACAUACGCCAUUGCCAAGCACUUUUUCUGUAAAAGAAAAUUAAAUCUAAAAUAAAUAAAUAAGUAAAAAUAACCAAAAGACAAAAAGCACAAAUUAAGGAAAAAAUUGCUGUUGUCAACAGAAUAUAAACACCACAAAAUAUUCCGUAACAGGAAUAUGGUCAACAAACAAAGAAAAACAAAGUAAAAUGUACUAAGAGAACGAAAAAACCCCACAAGUGAUGAAGACACAAAAAUAUUGAACCCAAAAAAAUUCAGCACAAUGGUUGAAACGAGACAAAAACACGACAAAACGAAAAGACGAAACAAACACAAUAGUUUUCCAAAACAGAAUAGAACGAUAAAAACGCCAAAAAUUAUGACAGCACAAAAAUAUUGAACCCAAAAAAAUUCAGCACAACGGUUGAAACGAGACAAUAACACGACAAAACGAAAAGACGAAACAAACACAAUAGUUUUUUCCAAAACAGAAACAAGCGACGUUUCGGGAACUGCUAUCUGCUCCCGUCGUCAGGCAGAGACGCACAUGGUACGAAAACACAGGAGCGACUGAGUAGGGGCUGGAAAAAUGAGGGUAUUUAUCAGAGAAAGGGCUACAUCUUGCUCAGCCAAGUGAUCACCCGCGCAACGAGUCCUUGAGAUUCCAGCUCUCAUCGCAGUGGUUUUACUCACUCCAGACCACGAAUUAUGGGACGAGGAGGAGCGCUGUGCCAACUACCUGUUGUCACUGGAGGCCCCGCCUACUCGCAAGCAGCCUACCGAACAGUUCCGAGCUAACCCUGUGCCUGAGAGCAGCCGUGUGCUGCUCUACGAUGAGCUCAUGGCUCGGGAAGAGGAAAGGCGUCACAGGGGGCGAACACGGCGCGUGGCCAGACUCCUGUCUGAGACGAAACCUUUCAGCUUCGUGAAGCGCGAGGACAGCUGCCAGCUGCGCAGACUCUGCCACUCCUCGCCCGACCUGCGUCACCUGAAGCCCUUCAAGGCCAGACCCGUGCCCCACCACCUGUUCAGCUCGUACGUGGCCCAGAGGAUGAGAGAAGACGAGUUCUACAGGGAUCUGAAGAGGAGGGUGCGUGCAGAGGAGCUGCUGAAGGCAUCCUCGCUGCCACCAGCCAUGGCGGCCAGAGAGAGGCUGGCUCGGGACCGCAGCACGCCCUCAGGUCUGUCAUCCCCACCUCGGUGCCAGCGUGGACGCAAGACACCCGACUACGAGCACGCCCACCGUGUCCUCGCUGCACGGCUGCAGGACAGAUACGACGACAACAUCACCACCAGCCCUCUGCCCUUCCGGCUAGAGACGGCCCGCCGUGCCGCUUCCAUGGCAGCGAGGUUCUCGCCAGACAGCAGCUCUUCGUCCCCGUAUGAGCCGCGCACACCUGUGGGGCGAAGGCUGCGGCCACAGUCGGUGCUGGGACUGCCUCUCAACAGGAACAACCUGGCCGCUGUUCUCCGCAUCCAGUCCGCAAGGCAGCGGCUGGAGCAGGAGCUAGCACGGCAGCAGGAGGAGCUGCUAGUGCGGGAGAGAGCGCGAGCUAGGUCGCGCCUGAUGCGCAGGAACCCCGUGUGGCAGGCGCUGGCACCCAGCGCGCAGCAGGACCUGGCGAUGCGCAUCCACACGCGGCGACAGGAAGAGCACUUGCGUAGAGAAGAGCACCAGCAGUUCAUGGAGCGCAUGAUGCAGAGGGUGCGACGUUCCCCCACUCUCUUCGAGAGGCAGGGGCUGAAGCAGCAGAGAGCCACGGCUGCGCCGGACACUCCAGAGACGUGUGCCAGUCGCAGCUCCCAGAGCACGGAGCGAGCUGCCAGGGGCGGCGACGACAAACAAGAGCCCGGCAGCCUCACGUGCAGCACGGGUGACGAGCAGUAGAGGGCCCCUCGCAAGCAGUUGGCACGGCAUCGCCGUGCACCGAGGGGCGGCGGUGGUAGGGGUCAGCACAGACACGGGCAUCCUAACUGAAGUAGUGACACCGUCGUCUCACAGCUGGUUUUUACAUUUGUGUACGUCACCAUGUUCACUUACAUGUCUUAGGGCUUCUUUGGGAAUGGCGGAUUUGUUGUUCAAUGUUCAUUGUACAAUUGAUAUCCAAACACAUACUGUUUACAAUAGAAUUAUUUAAAUUCUAGUAACAUUAACAUUAUACAUAAUUUUUUGAAUAAAAUGCAUGCUUAGAAACCUCACUAAAAUAUUUUAAUAUGUAGUGGACAUUGUUUACAUUUUAAUUCUCAGUACUGAAUAUUAAUUAGUGCUCACUUAUUUGUUUGCAAUUUUAAUUUUAUUCCUUUCUUUAAAAGUCACAAAAACCAUUCAGCCAAUCAGAAAACAUCUCAUCGAAGCAUGCAGUAUAUAGGUGGAAACUGGCAUGAACUGAGGUCUUGCUGUAAAUUGCAGUGUUUCCGGUGGCCUUGAUCGCUAACGGAUUGCGCUCCUGUGGUGAGGUCUUAAUCCUCUGCAUGACUCAGCAUCACUACAAUAACCAGUUAUUACUUCCCCUUUCCCGAUCCAACCAACAUUUACACCCUUCAACCCCCACGCCUCCGACAGCAAACCAGAGCACUCUACCUUCCUCGUGAAACAUGAUGGUUCUAAGCAACUGUACCAGAGUAUGAACUUCUGUGGACAGGUUACAGUCCCUCCAAGGACAUGCUAUUUUGAAAGUAAGACUGUAAAAGUUGUGAAAACAUAGAAAAUUAUCUUCUGAUGAGUCACAACGAUGCAAUUAGUCAAACAUAAAGAAAAAUACGGCCCCCUUCCAAAAAUGUACAACAGAAACCAACAAACCAAACAGAAGCUUAGUGUUAGUGUCUCUUGUGACAGAUAUGAUUUAAGUGUAUUUUAUUGGAUCAUGUUUGUUUCUGUUGUAAAUACAAUAGCUGUAUUGGGUUUCAGUGGUUUCUGUCUGAAGAAAUUGGCUCGCAAACAAAAAUUAAAUCAGUGUAUUUUCUUGGCUUCUGUUGUCAAAGCACGCUGAAUCAUUGCUUUCAAUGGGAUUCUGUUGUAAACUAAUUUUGAAAAAAAUCUGUUUUGAUAUGUUGACUUCUGUUGUAAAAAAGGUUUGUUGGUAUUUGUUGUUUUGUAGUUUUUUUUUUUUUUUGCUAAAAACUAAAAAGAAUUCCUAUUAGUUUAUGUUGUAUAUAAAUGUUUUUCAUAUUUCUUUUUUUUUGUGGUUUGGAAUGCAACACACAUUUUGGGGUCUGUUGUUUUCUAGUGUUUGUGUCAUUUUAUUAUUUAUUCAUGUUGUUUUGUUGUAAAUUAUUUUAUUAGUUUCUGUUGUUUUCUAUUGUUUUUGAUUGUAUACUUUUUUUUGAUGUUGCAAGUAACUCUGUUGGGGUCUGUUGUUUUCUAAGGUUUCAAAUGUAAUCUGUUGUAUUUCAUUGGUUUUAGUUGUUAGGAGUUCUGCUGUUUCAUAUUGUAAUUUAGUGACUUCCAUUGUUUUCAUUAUUUAUUGUUGGUUUCAGUUGUAAAACAUUGUUCUUAGUCACGACUUAAUACUGUAUAAAACUGCACUACAACUUUAUGAUUAAAAUGAAUACAGUAAUAAACUUAAAAAGUGCACAUAUUAAAGAGUUCAGUAAAGCCAACAGUAGUCUGCCAACUGAGCAUGCGUGCGGAGCGUGACUCGUAUGGAAAACCAACCGUCAGACACAAGGUCGUAUAAUCCGAGGAGUUGGUUAAUUAAAGGUCGGAUAAUCAAGGUUUAACUGUACAGUUAUAAAAUAUUCAUUAAUUGUGAAUACAUUUUAAUAGACUUGUGCAAUAGCAAAAAUUAACAGAGAAACAUCAAAAUAAUAAAUAAUAAAAUCAUACAAAAAUUGUAUUACAGCUUAUGAUCAGAGCUUUUUUCCCCCCAAAUAUCAAGUGCAAUUUUCUUCAAAUGAUUAUAUAGUUUCUUGACAUUAUGAUAACAAUUCCCUAUUUCCUACUUCUUUCGUACUGCUUUCCCGAAGGGAACAUUAUUUCAUGCCUACAACACAUUCUACUCUAAUACUAACAUUAGGAUCUUCAUUGUGAAUAAAAAUUUUCUCUGUGAGUGUGUGUGCAUGUAUAAUAUUCUGUGUUAUAAUUACAAAAUAAAAAUAAAAAAAAUUACUUAUAGGCUAAUCCUCAAUACUGAAACACAGAUUCUACACAAUAAAUAAAGCUCGAACAAUAUGGUUAGCUUGAAUCUGUGAUAGUA